UAGUCGUAGUGAACGUACAGAUUUGGGAAGGUUGCCUAGUUUUGGAAGUUCAUCGUUGAUUAAGUUCUCCAGUAGGCUACGAGCCAGUUUAACAGAUCGAAAAUUUUUCAAAGCGCACAGCCCACGAUGGAUAUAGUUUUUACAAUCAACGGAACAGUUUAUAAAGUCAAUCCAACAUCGGUUCCAAUUGAUACCACGCUUAACACAUUCAUACGAAACUAUGCGCAUCUCAGUGGGACCAAAUUUAUGUGCCUGGAGGGCGGUUGCGGAGCAUGCAUUGUCAACGUGAAUGGGAUUCACCCCGUGACUAAGCAGAAAUUUUCGUGGGCAGUUAAUUCGUGUUUGUUCCCAGUUUUAUCCUGUCAUGGUUUGGAUGUUGUCACGGUCGAAGGAAUCGGUGACAAACAGGAUGGUUACCACCCAACGCAGAAAGCGUUGGCGUACUUCAACGGCACGCAAUGUGGUUAUUGUUCUCCCGGGAUGGUCAUGAAUAUGUACAGUUUGCUAGAGUCCAAGCAAGGCAAGGUAACCAUGGAUGAGGUCGAAAACGCUUUUGGAGGUAACAUUUGUCGCUGCACCGGUUACCGACCGAUUUUGGAGGCAUUCAAAUCGUUAGCAAUUGAUGCGGAACCACGUUUAAAAGAAGCUUGCCAGGAUAUAGAAGAUUUGACCAAGAUCUGUCCAAAAACGGGUGUAACUUGUUCGGGCAAAUGUUCGGCUGUUGAUGAAGUUAAGCAGCAAGAAGGAAUUCAUUUCAAUUCCGCUGAUGGUAAAGAAUGGCAUAAGGUGUACAACAUAACUGACGUCUUCGCUGUUCUCGAGAAGAUUGGAUCAAAACCCUAUAUGUUAGUUGCUGGUAACACUGCUCAUGGUGUCUAUCGAAAUUACAAAGUACAAGUGUUUGUUGACAUUAACUCCAUCGAGGAACUACGAUCACAUUCCUGUGACAAUAGACUUACUAUUGGAGCUAACGUUUCGUUGACCGAACUUAUGACCAUUUUAACUGAUGCUGCCGCUAAAACAAACAACUUUAAGUACUGUUUAGAGUUGGUUAAACACAUUGAUUUGAUCGCUAAUGUGCCGGUACGCAAUACCGGCACUAUUGCCGGAAAUCUGUGUAUUAAAAAUCAGCAUAAAGAAUUUCCAUCGGAUUUAUACCUGAUUCUUGAAGCAGUAGGAGCGAAACUCACUAUUGCUGAGUUGGGUGGUAAAACGAAAACAGUAACUCCAGCAGAAUUUGUAAGCUUGGAUAUGAAUAAAAAAAUAAUUUUGAAUAUUAUCUUGCCUCCGCUGAGUUCGGGUAUAUACAAAUUCCGAUCCCUGAAAAUUAUGCCAAGAGCCCAAAAUGCUCACGCUUACGUCAAUGGAGCAUUCCUAUUCAAAUUCAGUGCAGAUAAGAAAAUCAUCGACACUGCUACAAUAUGCUUUGGAGGAAUUAAUCCCGAUUUUACACAUGCUCUUCAAACGGAAAAACAAAUUGCCGGGAAAAACAUCUUUUCCUCCGACACGUUCCAAGCGAUCAUCCGGACCCUUUCGGCAGAGCUUGAGCCCGAUUGGGUUUUGCCGGACGCGUCUCCAGCAUACCGCAAGAAUCUAGCUAUCUCGUUGUUCUACAAAGCAACCCUGAGCGUUGCUUCGGAGAUGGGAGUUUCUAUUGAAGCUCGAUUCCGGUCUGGAGGCACAACGCUAGAACGACCGCUCUCGACCGCAUCGCAACGUUUUGAUACUUACAAAGAAAACUGGCCGCUUACUAAAAAUGUGCCAAAAAUCGAGGGACUCGCACAGACGUCCGGAGAAGCUAAGUACGCCAACGAUAUGCCAACCCUUCCAAAUGAAUUGUACGCAGCGUUCGUUCUCGGAACCAAGCCUCAUGCAAAAAUCGAAAAAAUUGUCGCCGAUGAAGCUUUGAAACUUCCCGGAGUGGUGGCCUUCUUCUCCGCUAAAGACAUUCCAGGAACAAACAACUUCAUGUACUUCUCUAAUUUCAUGGGAUCCGAGAUCGAAGAGGUCUUCGCUAGUGAAACAGUGCAUUAUCACGGACAACCAGUUGGAUUGAUCGUUGCAAAGUCACAUGCACUGGCCAAUCGUGCGGCUGGACUGGUAAAAAUAACCUAUAGCUUACAAAAUUCUGCAGUUGUUCUAUCGACCGCAAAAGAAGUCCUGCGAGCGAAUGCUCAAGAUCGCAUCAAGGAAAUGCCUUACAGUACCCAUGGUGAAAACUACGACGCUGCACCGAAAGGUGAUUUGAAUAUUAAAGGUCACUUCGAGAUCGGUGGUCAGUACCAUUACUACAUGGAAACGCAAACCUGCGUCUGUAUUCCAAUAGAGGAUGGUAUGGACGUGUAUUCAUCAACGCAAUGGGUUGAUCUAACUCAAAUGGCCAUCGCAAGAGUACUGAAGGUACCGCAAAACAGCUUGAACCUUUACGUCCGCCGAUUGGGUGGAGGAUACGGUGGCAAAGGAACCCGUGCUACGCUGAUUGCUUGUGCUUGUGCCCUAGCUGCCCAAAUUACCAAAAGACCAGUGCGAUUUGUUAUGAGCCUGGAAGCCAACAUGAAAGCCAUCGGUAAACGCUACCCAGUUAUUUCAGAUUACGAGGUUGAAGUUAGCAAGACCGGUAAAAUUGUUAAACUCUACAACGAAUACGUUCAUGAUUUCGGCUAUAACUGGAACGAGUCGAUGGGUCAUGCUGGGCGAUUUUUCAGCAAUUGCUAUGAUGACACUGUUUUCAAAACAGUAGCCAAGGGAGCGAAAACAGAUUGCGCAAGUAACACCUGGUGUCGUGCUCCGGGUACAACAGAAGGCGUUGCUAUGAUUGAAAACAUCAUGGAACAUGUCGCGUUUGCCACUGGAUUAGAUCCGCUCGAAGUUCGUAUGGCUAACAUGCCAAAGGAUAUGAAAAUGCUGGAAAUUAUGCCCCAAUUUCGAGCAGAUGUCGAGUUCGAUGCACGUCGUAAGGAAAUCGAUCAAUUCAACAAAGAACAUCGCUGGCGGAAACGAGGUAUCGCAAUUGUUCCCAUGCGAUACCCUCAAGGUUACUUCGGAUCGCUUCACGCCAUUGUUAGUGUGUAUCAUGAUGACGGCACAGUUGCCAUUUCGCAUGGUGGCAUUGAGAUGGGACAAGGUAUGAACACCAAGGCGGCGCAGGUGGCUGCUCAUAUUCUUGGUAUUUCCCUGGACAAAAUAAGUAUCAAACCAACCAAUAACUUGACCUCUCCGAAUGAUAUUUGUUCCGGUGGUAGUAUGACCAGCGAAACUGUUAGCUAUGCUGUUAAACGUGCUUGUGAAAUAUUGCUUGAACGUUUCAAGCCAAUCCGAGAUGAGCACAAAGAUGUUUCAUGGGAGGAGCUGAUUGAAAAAUGUCACGCUCAAAGUGUUGACCUCUGUGCAACCUACAUGUAUAAAGCUUCUGACCUCGCUCCAUACAUAAUUUGGGGUCUAAGCUGCUCCGAAGUUGAGGUUGACAUUCUGACAGGUAACGUCCAAUUACGGCGAGUCGAUAUUCUGGAAGAUGUCGGUGAGAGCUUAAGUCCCGGAAUUGAUGUUGGUCAGAUCGAAGGUUCGUUUGUAAUGGGAAUCGGAUACUAUUUAACGGAGGCUCUCGUGUUUGAUCCCAAGGAUGGUGCACUACUGACCGAUCGAACCUGGACCUAUAAACCGCCGGGAGCCAAAGAUAUUCCAGUUGAUUUCCGUAUACGUUUCAUGCAAAAUAGCAGUAACCAGACGGGGGUCCUCCGUUCCAAAGCCACUGGCGAACCGGCAAUGAAUAUGACUAUUUCGGUUAUAUUUGCUCUAAGGUAUGCUCUGCUUUCCGCUAGAAAAGAUGCGGGUCUACCAGCCGAGUGGAUAUCGCUGGGAGCACCUUCAACUCCCGAUCAAGUCUUCUUACUAGCUGGAAACUCUGUGGAACAAUUGAAGAUUAACUAAUGUAUAUUGAUUGGUGUUUGGUAAUAGUAUAGAACAGUUUUAUUGACUAUCAUGGAAGAAUCGCUCGUAAUGUAUUAUACGUUAUUUUUACUUUUCACAAUCAAUUGAAAAAAAAUCAUAUACUCUAUA